AUGUAUGCCGCUCCAGCGGGCACCGUGAUGGAAGGAGCCCCAAUGUAUGCUGCACCGGCUGGCACCGUGAUGGACGGAGGAGCCCCCAUGUAUGCCGCGCCAGCAGGGACUGUGAUGGAAGGUGCCCCGGCCGAGAUGCCACCCUCCACAGCAGGCCCUGGGCCCGGCUUCAUGUAUGCCGUUCCUGCCGGCGCAGAUCCGGCUACAGCAGAGCCUGGCCCCGGGUACACAUUUGCCGCGCCUGCCUUCGAAG